GUUUGAGUUUUUCUGAUGUAGUUAGAGAGCAGCGGACACUUUGAUCAUUGAUAUUGUUGCAUGUAGUUAAUGCUCUUUAUUCCAUACAGAAGUUGAACUUUUUGCAGCUGGACUCAUCGUUUGGUAAAUCUCUGAUGAUGGAUACGGCUUCAACAACUGGAGUUCUUCACCCUUACUGGCCAAGAGACCUUUUGAUUCCCAACUAUGUGGCCAAUGAUCGAUCUAUGUCAGAGAUCCUGGUGUUUCUGUUUUCCGUGUCGGGGGGUUUUCUACUUGUGACCUGGCUGAUCACUGGGGCCACUGGUAGACUGGGGACAUGGAGGCGUCUGGCUGUGUGCUGGUUUGCGGUUUGUGGUUUUAUCCAUGGUGUCAUUGAAGGCUGGUUCUCACUGUAUUAUGACAUUAUUCCAGGAGACCAGAGUUUCCUCUCGCAAUUGUGGAAAGAGUAUUCCAAAGGAGACAGUCGAUAUGCAAUAGCGGAUAACUUCACUGUGUGUAUGGAAACCGUGACUGCAUGGUUAUGGGGACCAUUCAGCUUUUGGGUUGUGUUUGCCUUCUUGACUAACAAGCCCUACAGAUUUGUUCUGCAACUCAUUAUUUCAUCAGGUCAGCUGUACGGAGUAGUGCUUUACUUCUUCACGGAGCACAGAGAUGGCUAUUCUCACAGUGAGCUGGGACACCCAAUCUACUUCUGGUUCUACUUUGUGUUCAUGAAUGUGCUGUGGGUCAUCAUACCACUGAUGCUCAUUGUGGACGCGUGGAGGCAUCUGUCAGCAGCCCAGACACACACAGACAACACAAAGUCACACAAGUCUAAGAGGAACUGAGGAGCCACAGGAAGAACUGAGACUUUGACUGUAUGGCACUGACUAUAGAAGAUACAUGGGACAAUGCCACUAAAGAGGCAAUACACUAAUACACAAGUGUUGAACAGCAGUGUUCAGAAACAAUCUGAUAAUGCAAAUGAAAUGUUUAAUUUUUUAAAGUUGGAAAUGUUGCGUGGUGUCAUUGUGUACCUGUUGAAUUAAGUGCCUGCCUUUUAAAUUUGAAUAUCCAAUAAUUGUCAGCAAACUGAAUUACAUUUUAAAGUGCAAAUGCUUCUCUGUUCCUAUGACAAACAGGCUUUGAAUGUUUUCUGACUUAGUGGAGCUUCAGGCAGAGGACCAAAAUAAAUCUUUUUUUCUC